GCUGAGUGGGAUGUCGCCUUGGGGUCUGUAUCGCGCAGCUCGGGAUGCCUCGGCUUUUCCGCCCCUCCGCCGUGUGCGAACAUGGUCGCUGAUAAGAGAUGCAGCCACCACUAGCCUCCUCCCCACACUGCCUUCUCGUUGCCCGUGGCCGCGCAGAUGGAAGCAUCCCGCGUCCUGCUCCUCCACGCCGCGCGUUCGCUGCACCCCCGUCGUCGUCGCUUACUCCUCCGGCCUUGAGAGUGCAUGUGCGGUGCGGGGCUAGCUACCUGAGCGUCGCCGACCGCGAGACCUGGAGUAGCGCCCGCGAGCCCUGCGAUGCGCCCUGAUGACGGGCCUCAAGCGCGCGCACGAUGAGUCUUCUCACGACGGGGACGCUGCCUCGCCUCUCGAAGCCGCAGCGACGGCGAAGCCCGCGUCGCCCGCCCAGACCGCGUCGCCCGCCUCGUCCUUCCGCAACGUCUCUGCCUGCAACAGAUGCCGCCUGAGGAAGAACCGCUGCGACCAGCGCCUGCCGUCCUGUGCCUCUUGCGACAAGGCGAGCCAGAAAUGCGUUGGCUACGACCCCAUCACCAAACGCGAGAUCCCUCGAAGCUACGUCUACUAUCUGGAGACGCGAGUCGCGUAUCUGGAGUCGCUGCUGCAGGACAACUCGAUCGCAUACGCCGACGCCGAGCAAUUCAACCCCAGCUUUCAGCCGGCCAACGGGUCUGCGUCACGACCCCCAUCCGCCGCCGGCGCACCGAAACACCACAAUGGGGCGCCAACCACGCACACGGGCCUCACAAAGGAAGAACAGGAUCGCAAUGAUCGCGAGAAGCUCACCAAGCUGGUGUCCAACAUCGGCAUGGUGUCGGUGCAGGGCGCAAGCGAUCCCCGCUUCCUGGGAUCAACCUCCGGCAUAUCCUUUGCCAGGGUCGUGUUCGCGGCUGUCAAGAGCUCCGUUUCCGGAUCAUCUUCUGAGCGAGGGAGUCAAAGAGGCAGUAAACAAUUGCCCACAAACGUAGCAGAUGGCGGCACCUCCAUGCGGGACAGCUUCUUUGGGCUGCACACCAAACCAACCUUUCAACAGGCGCCCUUCCCCGAACGCGACCUCGGCGCUCGGUUGGUCGACCUCUACUUCGAACAUGCAAAUCCGCAGAUUCCCAUCCUGCAUCGUGGCGAGUUCAUGGAGCUCUUCGAGCGUGUAUACGCAUCGGGCGGAGGGCAGAGAACAUCACGCGAAUCAUACAUGCUCAAUAUCGUCUUCGCUAUCGGUGCCGGCAUUAUCAUGGGGAGCUCCGACUCUGGUGAAUCGCCGACAUCGGACGGUGCAACAUCGCCAACAAAAUCCAAGCCAAUGUCGCCACCCUCAAACAAGAAGCGGCGACUUGCAGGCCAACAGCAUCAACCCGAGGAGUAUCACGCUUCCGCUAUAACACACUUGGAGAAUUUCCUUGGCAGUACACCCGCCGCGGAACGACCCGACGGUUUUGGAGGGGGCUUGGAAGAAUUGCAGGCCGUGUUACUUCUUGCAGGAUUUGCGCUGCUGCGACCUGUUGCGCCAGGUCUGUGGUAUAUUGUCGGGGUUGCCGUUCGGUUAGGUGUCGAUCUUGGGUUACAUUACGAAGACGGGGUGGGGAUUGACGGCUCAGCGUCGGAGGACCAAGUUGUCGGAAAAGCGGAAGUGAAAGAGGAAGAAGAUGCAACUGCGGGUGCAACCGCUGGGAAGAUUGAUGCCAAGGAGCGUGGUCGCAGAGAGUGGGUUCGUGACCUCCGACGAAGGCUCUGGUGGUGCGUCUAUUCUUUCGACAGACUUGUCAGUACUUGCGUCGGACGGCCCUUCGGUAUCACUGACCAGGUUGUCACAACGGAGUUCCCAUCCAUUCUCGAUGAUCGAUACAUUACCAAGGAGGGGUUCUUAGAUCCGCCCGAACAUUUGCGAGGUUCCAGCUACAAGGUCGUGGCGUAUCACUAUUUCCGGCUCAGGUUGCUCCAGUCCGAGAUACUCCAAGUGCUACAACAUCGGCAAGCCCAACAAGCAAGGGCGAACGGGACAAACCAGGCUAAUCAGUACAUGCACACGAAGCUCCCAUCGCCGUUCUUGGCCAACUUUAGCUCGUUUCGAAGCUGGCGUGUCGACAUCGAUAGGCGCCUCUUGGAAUGGAAAGACUCGGCGCCGACCCAGCAGGAUGCCGGCGUGCAGUUUUCUCCGCUCUUUUUGGAACUCAACUACUGGCAGGCCAUCAUCAUGUUGUACCGGCAAAGUUUGGUGGUUCCAACAGGGCUCGCAGGUGAACUUGGCAGCGCCAACAGUGAGGUGGGAAGCCCAUCAGUGAUAAGUCUCGACGAGAGGGAAGACGAGGAGCUUGUCUUCUUGAAGGUUGCGGAAGCCGGGCAAAAAGUCCUCAAACUAUAUCGGCAGUUACAUCGCGUGCGCUUAGUCAACUACACGUUUUUGGCCACACAUCAUCUAUUCAUGGCUGGGAUAUCAUUCCUGUAUGCUGUGUGGCACUCGCCUGCUGUGCGAAGUCUCUUAUCUCUUGAUGAUGUCGACUUUACCGUGCUAGCCGCCACAUCCGUGCUUGGCGACUUGAUCGAAAAGUGCCCACCUGCAGAAGCAUGCCGUGACGCUUUCGAUCGCAUGAGCAAAGCGACCAUUCAGAUGUGCAUGUCAACAACAGGCUUUGGGCCUCAAGCACUGCGCCACCAUAGAGGACCGGCUACAUCGCCUAACACAGCAUACCCACCUGCAUCUGAUGCGGACACGGAAAUGUCAGGCCAUCAGCCGACAGGGUAUUUCCAGCAAGCCCGCCGUCCUGUACCCCGCUUCGAUAUGAACCUCAAAGAGCUGUUCUCGGAAGAUGAAACGGACCGACGUUCAUUCGGCCGUAUAUCAAACCAGCUGGGUAGCAUGCGCCCGCCACCACCACCCCAAUCGGUGAAACAGGAACACCAGCAAAUGCAGCCUUUCACAGCCGACCUGAAAAUCUCUCCACAGAUGCGCUCGCAUCAUCACCAACAACAGCAACAAACCUACUCAUACCCGCACCAGAAUCUCCCCUCCCCGCAGCACCAACAGUCCUACACACCCACAUCCUCGACAACAACAAUCUCCCCACUAAUGUCGCACACACCUAACCCCAACCCCAUGACCUCACCUUACCAGCUCUCGAACCAGCUCCCCUACAAUGCGUUCGCACAGAACAUCACGGCGACAUAUCCUGACCUGGGUACCUUCAACGACCUCGACUUCCUCGAUUCGUUCCCCGUACAGGGGGCGAGCAGUGGCGCUAACGUCACGGAUGCCGCGGGGCCGCUGCAGGAUCUGGGCUUUGGCAUGGGGUUCGGGGAUGGGACGCAUGAUUGGAGUGAUGGAAAUGGGUUGGAUCUGUUUGAUGGGUUUUUCUUUGGGGGUGGGCCUGGGAAUGGAUAAGGAAGGAUACUUAUCUGGUAUCUUUAUGAUUACGUGGUGGGUGGUAUUAGGAGGAGGUUGGUGGUUGGAAGGGGGAAUACGUGGGCAUAUGCGAUAUAUGGGUGGUAUUUGUGCAUAGCUUGGGCCGUUUCCUGUGUAUAGUCUCGCUGUUCGAGGUUGGGCGCGAUGGUGAUGCGGGUUCUAUAGAUUCCCCCUGCUUGUUGAAAAUGUUAAGCUUGCCCUUUCCCUCC